GAGGUGAGGUCAGCUGUCUCAUCUGACGGCUCCUCGGGGCGUCUGGUUCUCACGUCGUUGUGACGGAGGGAGGAGCAGAAACACUCGGAGCUUUUUCUUCCCGUUGAGGAGAAUCUGUGACGACAGCUGCCAGAGAGAGAGCUCAGUUUCCAGGGUGACGGCAUCCCAUCAUCCUCCUCCUCCGUCCGGCUGCAGCGGCUCGUCGUCAGGAUGGGAGAUAAAGGAACCCGGGUCUUUAAGAAAGCCAGUCCCAAUGGAAAGCUCACCGUCUAUCUGGGGAAGAGGGACUUUGUGGACCACGUGGACCUGGUAGAAGCUGUCGACGGCGUCGUUCUGAUCGACCCGGAAUACCUGAAGGAGAGGAAAGUGUUCGUCACUCUGACCUGCGCCUUCCGUUAUGGCCGCGAGGAUCUGGACGUCCUCGGCUUGACGUUCAGGAAGGAUCUGUUCGUGGCCAACAUCCAGGCAUUUCCUCCGCUGCCCGAAGAGAAGAAGAGUCUGACCCGCCUCCAGGAGCGUCUCAUCAAGAAGCUGGGAGAACACGCCUACCCGUUCACCUUCGAGAUUCCUCUGAACCUGCCAUGUUCGGUCACGCUGCAGCCGGGCCCGGAGGACACGGGGAAGGCCUGCGGCGUCGACUUCGAGGUGAAAGCUUUCUGUGCCGAAAAUGUUGAAGAAAAGAUCCACAAAAGGAACUCUGUGCGUCUGGUGAUCAGGAAGGUUCAGUAUGCUCCAGAGAAACCAGGUCCUCAGCCCACAGCAGAAACCACCAGACAGUUCCUGAUGUCGGACAAACCUCUACACCUGGAGGCCUCUCUGGACAAGGAGAUCUAUUACCACGGUGAACCCAUCAGCGUCAACGUCCACGUCACCAACAACACCAACAAGACGGUGAAGAAGAUGAAGAUUUCAGUGCGACAGUACGCUGACAUCUGCCUGUUCAACACGGCUCAGUACAAAUGUCCCGUCGCCAUCGAGGAGUCAGAUGAUGUGGUAGCUCCCAGCUCCACCUUCUGCAAGGUCUUCACUCUGACUCCGUUCCUGGCCAACAACCGGGAGAAGCGAGGUCUGGCUCUGGACGGGAAACUGAAGCAUGAAGACACCAACCUGGCCUCCAGCACGCUGUUGAGGGAAGGAGCCAACAAGGAGAUCCUCGGCAUCAUCGUGUCCUACAAGGUCAAAGCGAAGCUGGUGGUGUCACGAGGCGGGCUCCUGGGAGACCUGGCGGCCAGCGACGUCUCAGUGGAGCUUCCCUUCACGCUGAUGCACCCCAAGCCUCUGGAGGAGUCCAUCUACAGAGACGCUCCAGAUGAAGCUCCGAUCGACACAAACCUCAUCGAGUUCGACACACAUGACGAUGAUAUCAUCUUCGAGGACUUCGCCCGGCAGAGGCUGAUUGGUGCGAAAGAUGACAAGGACGAAGACGAGGAGCCGGUGGAUUCGCCCAAGCUGGACGACAGAUAGAGACGGACAGCGGCGUUUAGCGUGGAGCUAACGGAGGUCAGCUUUAGGUCAGUCUGGACAUCCUUCAACACUCGGUGGCGUUUGUGUUUCCUGUCCAUCCUCUGCGUCCUGAAUCCUCCGGGUGAAGCAGCUCUUCUUCAUUAGCCGGCUGGAACUCUGAAUGUCGUAACGCCAGCUGGUAGCAUGCCUCUAGCGUCUCUUUGUUCUACGUGUUUCCAUUAGCGACGAACGGGAGUCCAGUUGUGUUGAGAUUAGUUUCAAUGUUGUGUAUCAGAGGGUCUUCGUAACAACAACACUGCCAACUGAACAGUUCACCGUCAGAGCCAUGAUUCAGCCGACCGGGAGGCUAAUGGUCGGUCUGUAUGUUGAAGGAACAUACGUGUGAUCUGCAGGACGUCCGAGCUGCCAGCAGGACCUCAAACCAUCAGCUGGGAGGACUGUGACCUGUUUGCAUGGAUUCAUCAAUAAUCAGCCUUCAUAGCCACGCCCUGAUUUUAAUGAGCAUCUGAGUGUUUGUAGUCUCAUGUUUUCAUCAUCAGUGUUCACGGCAUUCUUUCACUUCAUUUCUAUAAAACAACAAAAACAGAAAACCACAAACAUAAGACAGAAAACAACAAAAACGACAAAAAUGAGAGAAAACGACAAAAAUGACAAAAACGAGAUGUAAAACGACAAAAACAAGACAUAAAACGAAAAAAACAAAAACAAGACAGCAAAUGACAAAAACAAGACACAAAAGACAAAAACGAGACAUAAAACAAAAAAACAAAAACAAGACAGCAAAUGACAAAAACAAGACACAAAAGACAAAAACGAGACAUAAAACGACAAAAAUGAGACAUAACAAAAACGAGACAAAUUGACAAAAACGCCAUCACCAGGUUAGACUAACAUGUUGUGGGAAACAUUCCAUGAAUAAUAAUUAUUAUUUUAAAUAUUAUUUUGGUGAAAAAAAUUUUCCCACAAUUACAGAGACAUGAAUGAAAAAAAUAAAACCAAAAAAAGAGAUUUAAAUUAGAUUCUGUUUUAUUAGAGAUCCAGUUUGGUCAUCAGAGGGGUGGACAAGAGAAAAAUGUCAUUUUAGGGGAACUCCAGACUUAUUUGGUAUUUUAAAGAUAUUUUCAAACAUUCUUUUCUCCUAGUUUUUAUAGAUUUGGUCUCAGGACAAGAACAUUUACACACUACUGCAUGUUUUAGGGUUUUCAAACUGAUCACAUGUAUCGAUUAACAAAAAAUCCCUUCUUUAAUGAUCAAUUAUUCAGAAGACUGUAAUUACUGAACCUUUACUCUGAAAACUAAUCAGAACAUCGACUUCCUCCAGGUGACCUUUGUGCAGGUGUGUAGUUGUUUGUGUGAUGAUGGAGGACCAGAACACCGACUGUAGUUUUUAUUUCCAUGUUUCCUCCAGGAUCAGGAUGUCUCCAUGGUUUCUCCUCUUGUUCCAGCUAGUCAGAGUUUAAGAACCCAACUUGUAUAUUUCACUGCAUCUUUAAUAAAAGGACGUUUGUGGCCGUU